UUCUUUUGGGCCUUUUGGUUCCUUUCUCCUUUGUUAGAGAAAACUAGUAGAAAUAAAGAAAGGGACGAAGGGAGAAGGGUUUCUUUCUUCUUUUAUGUUUCCAAAGUUCCCAUUUUUUUUUUCAAUCAUUAAUCAAUCCUUACAUCCCAUAAACUAUUACACCAAUAUAUAGUCACAGUUGAACGAUCCACUCUCCGAGGAGAGAAAGCUCCACCAAAUCCCUUCUCUCUCUCUCUGGGUUUAGGGUUUUGGAUGUUCUGGACAGGAAAGGGGGCAGAGGAUUCUCGCAGAAAAUAAGAAGAGGUUUGAGUCACACAAGUUUUCAUAAUGGGCAGUGGGGAGGUGAAUACUCCAACCAAAACUCAGAAGCCAACUUCGACACAGGAACAACCGCCUAGCAGUCCUGCUAUGGUUUAUCCUGAUUGGGCUUCAUUUCAGGCAUAUUAUAAUGCUUCUGGAACAAGUCCUAUGCCUCCUCCGGGGUUUCUCCAUUCUCCUGUGGCAUCAAGUCCACAAGGGCGCCCAUAUAUGUGGAGUCCACAGAUAAUUUCUCCAUAUGGGACUCCACCACCAUUUGUUGCUAUGUAUCCACAUGGGGGUAUUUAUCCUCAUCCAUCCAUUCCUCCGGGAUCUUGUCCAUACAGCCCUUAUCCAAUGCCAUCAGCAAAUGGGAUUGCAGAAGCUUCUGUUGCUGGAGCUAGCGGCGCAGAAACAGAUGGUAAGUUGCGUGGAGGUAAGGAAAGGAGUCCUCCAAAGAAAUCCAGAGGAAGCUUAGGAAGUCUGAAUAUGCUUACAGGCAAGGUUAAUAAAACUGGAAUAGCAUCUGGUGCAUCUGCUAAUGGUGUCUUUUCACAAAGUGGUGAGAGUGGAAGUGAAGGUUCGAGCGAGGGAAGUGAUGCCGAUUCUCAAAAUGGUUCCCAGCGAAAUCAUGGUUCUGAACAUGGUUCAGGCGAUGAGGAAGCUCAGAAAGGCAGCACUGCUCGAACCACAUCAAAUGAAGUUACACAUACACCAUCUACGCCAAUUGUGUCGAACCCAACUGUGCCAUUUGUGACAAUCCCACCGGGUGGCCUUGCUGGUCCAACCACCACCCUGAACAUUGGGAUGGACUACUGGGGAGGUUCUGCUUCUAUUUCUGCACUCCGAGGCAAAGUUCCUGCUGCCCCAUCUAUGGCACCCUUGGUUCCAUCUGGUCUUGCAGGUUCACAAAACAGUGUUCCACCUGAUCCUUCGAUGCAGGAUGAAAGAGAACUGAAGAGACAAAAGCGAAAACAAUCUAACAGGGAAUCUGCACGCCGCUCACGAUUACGUAAGCAGGCUGAAUGUGAAGAACUCGCCAAUCGUGUGAUGACUCUAAAAGAGGAAAAUAAUUCACUAAAAGAAGAAUUGGAGCGUAUGCACGGGGAUUGUGAUAAAUUGACAUCAGAAAAUGCCAGUCUUGCUGAGAAACUUAGAAAACAUUUGGGUGAGGAAUCAAGAGCAGAUGAGCAAGUAGAUCCUGUUUGUGGAGAUGGCUGAAAGCUGCUAGUUUGAUUCGGUCCACGAUAUCAGUGGUGUACAAGGGGCUUAAUAGGGUCAUUGUCUUGGGGAACAUAGGUGAUUGCUGAGAGGUUUCUAACAGAAGGUUCUGAUAAGUGUAUCGUCUGAUUGAUGUGGAAGGUUAGGCAGGCUUUUGGUCUGUCCACUGUAAUUCUUUAUCUGUGAAUCUCAAGCUUAUUGUAACGAAUAUGUGGUCUUGGUGGAGCUGGCCAGCUUUUCAUGGCACUAGAUCUUCAUCGACAACCUUGACAAAAAUGGACUACGAUAAAUUAUUGAAGAUAUCUAACAUGUAGUGAUGCAUCAACAUUUUCAUGAUGUGUCCAAUCUGGAAGAAGAUUGUAAUAUGUACAUCAGAACUGUAUGAGUUGUCUUUGCUUUGAAGCUAAUCGAUUAGGUUCUGUUGACAUACAUUGGCUACACAAGUAAUGCUCAUUAUUGGUUGUUUCUUCUUUCAA